AUGCCCUCAGCAGAUACUGUACUGCGAAAUCGAGUCUCCGCUGCUGGACGCCUCAUCACGCUGCUAAAACCAGGAAGUGUGGUGGGAGAGGUCGGCUACUUGUUGGACACGCAGCCGUUGCCCACGCAGGUCGCUGUGCGUGAUCGAGUUCGCUGCUUGGUCGGCUAUUUGUUGGACACGCAGUCCAAGCCCCCGAGAACACAGUCGAGCGACGGCUGUCUGUUGCCCACGAAGGUCACUGUGCGUGAUCGAGUUCGCUGCUUGGCCCUCCCCGUGACAGAGGUGCAGACGCUGCUGAAGCGGCGGCCAGACCUUCAGAAGCCCAUCAUCCGACUCGUCUCCUCGAGCCUCCUUGCUAAGGAAGGCUGCGUCCUGGGCGAGGCGUUGGAAGAUCGUCGGUACAAGGCCGUCUUGGAGGUGGCCUGUCCCAUGGCGAAGCAGCCCGGGGUGGCCGAGGGAGUGGCGGCGUACCGCCGCCGCAACAGCAUUUCCUCAGACGAUCACAAGCGCCUCCUUGCCGAUGUGCCGCAGUGUCCACGUGAUGCCUUCCUUGAGCUUGCAAAGUCCAGCAAAGAAGGCCGUUUGGCAUAUCGGGCGCCAAGUCAGUGGUUCCAGCGUGGGAAGAAAAAUGUGCAGCGGUUGAGUUCUGAGAUGUUCUCAGGCCAGUUCACUUUCAAGCGGAAGCGAUCGGAGACACAGGGAGAGGAGGAGGACGAGCGGCCGUCUCUGCUGACGGAUGGGCAGUACCGGAACAAGCUGCCACUGCCACACGUCCCGAAGCUGUUGAAGAUACUCCCUGAUAUGGAUGAGUUGUGCAUGUACCGCAGGGACUCCCUGGACAGCAAGCUGAGGCCAUGCUUGCUUUCGAACCGGACACUGCUGUCGCGAGUCAACAUCUUGGAUGAUGAUGCCUACGGCAAGGAGCCGGAGCAAGGAUCAAUGGCACCACCUCCUCCCCCAAUAGAUGCGCAGCUCUUGGAUGACGAUGACGUGCCAGAAGAAGUGGAGCGAGCCAAGAAGUUCGCGCGAUUGAAAGAGCCCACGGAGGCAUACCACCGCCAGGCCUUCGGCUUGCAGCUGCCGCAGCUGAUCACCAACGACGUGUUCACUGAGCGUCAGCGCUUCACAACAGGAAGGAAUGCUGCUGAGAAAAAGAUUUACCGCGAUCCUCCUGGCUUCAAGAGCAAGGAGGAAGUGGCCCAGAAGAUUGGCAGGACCUUCCAGGCUGCCAAGGAGGAGCCGGUGCAUCCUACAAAACCACACCUGAAGCCAAAGCGCGUCAUGCAAGUAGUGCCCGAUGUUCACCUCUGGUCGAACAGGUAUGUUCAGGUCGCGUUCGACGAGCAGCCAAAGGGACAAGCAAUUCAGCGGAACGAUCUCCUUCUCAGAUCUGCUCCGGACCCACGGACGACUUGCUUCAGCCUUUUCAAGCCUCGUGCUGGAGAUGCCGAUGCUUACGACAUGCAGCAGCAGUAUUUCUGGAGCAACCGAGGAGGUUUCCAGCAAGCUGAUGAGAUCGGCGAGGGCAAGACGGUCGUGCUGGCCAUCCCUCGCGCCUCUGAGAAUGGCGACCAGCAGAGGCAACAGGUGAAGUUCAUGGUAGCGCCGACAAGGAUGGUACUCCAAAAGCUGAAGGCACACCGCCUCGACAUCGAGGAGGAUACGAAGGCCCUCCGUGUGACCGUUCGUCCGCCACCUGCCGCGGAGUCAGCUGACAUCUCCGCCUCUGGGCCUGACUCACAGCCGGGCUCGGCUCAGCCAGACUCAGCUGAGCCUGUGCAUUCUGCACCCAUGGAAUGA